GCUCCGCCCAUUUUGCCUUGGCUGAAAGAAAUGUUUUGAAGUAUUGUGAUCUCUAGCUUCUUCAAACCUAAUCAUGUUUACACACAGCUCUCCAUUGUUUUGUUUUUUCAUCAGAAUGAAUUUUCCUCUGAAGAUUCUGUUCUGUGUGGGACUGCUGCACCAGGGCACAACAGCCGUCUUCAUGGGCAAACUAGCAGACAGUAAGAUCUGCAAAGAUGCAGAAUGUUCAUAUGUUCUUUCCAUGGCCACAGCUUUGGAUGAUUUCAUAGCUCCGGACUGCAGAUUCAUCAACAUCAAAAAAGGUCAAAUGGUGUAUGUGUAUUCUAAACUCAUACCUCCAGAUGGCACUGGAGUCUUCUGGUCCGGAAGUGUUUACAGUGAGCAGUAUGUGGACCAGAUGGGUAGGAUUGGAUACUUCCCUUCACCUGUGGUGAAGGAGACACACAAGUUCACAGAAAACACGAUCCAGAUGCCAACAACUGACAUGGACUUCUACUGUGAUUAGGACAUGGCAGAUGCAGCCUUUUAGGGAUGCCAUUUAGGCGAAGCUCUGUCGAACCCAUGUGUGUGCAUCGCUUUAUCUUUUCCUGCCACCUUUAUGUUGAGUAUCUUUUGUGGCUGAUACGCUUGCUGUUGACUCUACCCAACUACAGUACAAGUGGGGCUCAAGGUAGUUGACAUUUUUUUAGUGUCAAUACAAGGAAAAAAUAUAUAAAUAGUUUUCCAGAUGGCUGCUUAGAUGCUUAAGAACACAUACAUGUGUGGUACAGUAAUAUUCUUCUUCCAUGAAACUAUAAACGCAAUCUUUAAGGAGCAAAAUAUAAUUCUACAGUGAAAUAAUCACAAAACAGUCUAAUGUCUCAACCAUCUUGGAAAGAAAACUACAUUGUAUCAAAUUUCAUUUUUAGCCGGCUGUUUUUUUUUCUCCUUUCAAAAAAACCAAAGAGGGAUGUAGUCACUGUUUGCAAUCUGCAAGCCUGUGGGGUUUCCGAGCUCGUGCUGCAGCUCCGGCAUUUAUAAUUCGACACCAGCUGGCAAAAAGCUCCACAGUUGUUUACAGAACCAAAACCAGUAAACAGGAGUGACCUAGAUGUUAUUUCUUGUACCCCUAACAAGCUGGGACAUUUUUUUGUUUUACUCUAACAUCAGGUGAAGCAGGCUAUAGGCUAACAUUGAGCUAACAAUGCUAACGGUGAAUUUGAAGCAACUGGUCGCCUCUCAAAAUAUCUCAAGUUACUUUUUUCAACUACCAACAACUGAGUAUUACAAUAAAAUGUAUGUGUGAAGUAACCUGGCAAGCCAUCCUAAAUAUGUUAGUAUUUAGUCUGGCCUCGGUCCAUUCACAGCUCUUAGUUGUGGGGUGGGAUCCAGUGUCGCAAAAAGUGGGUAUGCAGUGUAUGCGAUGCAGAGGGGUACCACGCUGGUGGGGGCGCCUAAGCAAUGAUGGGGAAAAGGGCAUUUUUGUGUUUCAUAGCUAUUUGUGCAUGUGUAAAUUAAAUGAUUAUUAACAGAAGCAAGCGACUGGGUGCCCCUCCGCAGCCCUGCUCCACGCCCCCACCCCACACUCACAGACACACGCAGAACGUGAACAAUCUUGACGAGUCCAGCGCGUGCGCCCGCGAAUACGCACUGGGGUCGCAAGUGUUCUCAUUUGAAUGAUAUCUACUGUCAUCUGAUCAGCUAGCUAGGUUAGCUAGCGAUAGAAAGACCAAAAAAAAAAAAAAGCUCUCUGGGGCCAAAAUGGAAGAGGGAAAAGGAAAAUGAUUCGGGGGGGGGGGGGGGGGGGGGGGGGGUCAGUUAUGUGGUUGUAUACCCCUCAUAAAGUAGGUAGCUGCACCCCUGGUGGGAUCUGUGCUUUGUCUGUCUCUGCAUGGUAUUGAUAAGGAACAAUGUGACAUACUCACCAACUCAGAUAAAUUGAUUCAAAGGAAAGCCCAAGUCAAAAUAGUCCAAAUUUGAUGCCAAAGCCACUUCAAACGAGUCGUCGCCAAAUUAGUUUUUUUCAGUAGCAUCCCUCCAAGUGCUGUGAUUGUCCCACCAAACAAAUAGAACACUGUGAUCAGAACGCUGUGGAGCCGUCACCAUCUUAGUUUUGCUCAGUUGCAGUACAUCCCACCUACUGGACUGAUAGAGUAUAGAUAGAGUGCUGUGAUUGGCCCACCAAAAAGAAAGAUCGUUGUGAUUGGACCGUUAAAGAAGUCAGUCACGGGGCAGUCCACCAUACACUAUCGAAGAAGAUGCAACACCCUGCCCACCAAACAGAUAGAGCACUGUGAUUGGACUGGUACCAGCCUGUCUACAGCUGCAGAGGUUCAAAUGUAGCAAGGCUUCAUCAUCCUUUUGCAUCGGCAAACAGGCAGUCUAAUUUCUAUAGGCUGUGUGUGACGUGAAUACUAAGUCAAUUGUGGCGUUUUAUUCCCUUUAAUGAGUCCGUCAGAACUAUAACAGCAAGCUAACAGCAAGACGGCAAACAAUGACACUUCCUGAAAUGUGUAAGGAGACAAAUUACCAUAACAAGUGUAGUGAGUGCUCCCUACUGUAAAACACACAGGAGUACUAACACCAGAUAUGUAUUUAACUACUUAUCAACUUACUGUGUAUGACUCAUCUUUGCUUGUCAUCUAGAAUGUUAUGGCACGGAUCCGUAACUGGCAACAGCUACGGAACUUGUUGAACGAAAGUGAGAAAGUGAUUUUUUGCUUCGAAAAGUGGCCUGCAGUAACCACAUUUGACCACAGGAUGUCAUUCUUACUUUGUUCUUAUAUAUGGCAUUUUUAAGAACAAAAUUUCAUGCUUAGUGUAACCUUAUUAUUGGAUGAUGGGAAUUUUAUGGUAGAAUUACAACUUGUGCAGUCACCAUUUGAUUCUGAAACUGCAGCAAUGUGUUUCUCUUUUACAGUACUGAAAUAUUCUAAACUGGCAAAAAGAAAAAAAAAACAAUAUCAAAAAGCAUAAAUUAUGAAAUAUCUACCAUGUUUGUGAGAGAAAACGAGCACAAUUUUAUACCUUGAGCUUAUUGUGCAAUACCCCAGCAAACAUAUAAUGAACUAAUUACAAUUUAUAGGACAGAAAGCAUGAUUUUCGCUCUAAAUAUAGACCUGAACUGGGUUGAUUGAAAGCAAUUUAUCUCUUUUCAAGUGGAAUUCUAUAGAAUGUUAAUCAGCAAUACAAAUCUUGUAUUUUUUAAAAUACUGUAGCUCCUUGAACAGUUUAAAUAACUAUAGAUUAGUUCUGACCAGAAAGACGAGCUAACACUCACAAGUGCCUCAAUCUCAAAAGCUUUAUAGCACUUUAUGAAAAAGCUGUUUUGUAACCUUUGCCAUAAAUUUCCCAUUUUAUGAUAAUUUAGUCAAAAUGAUUUUAAAAAUGACCACUUCAAGUGCACAAGUAGCCAGCUCAGCUGAUUUCUAGUGCAAAACAAAAACCAUCCAUGUAAAUAAUCAUAAUAUGACAUUCAUGGUGGUGUAUACAUUUAUAAUGUUUACAUUAAUUGCUUUAAAAGAAAUCCUUCUCCAAAUGGAGGUUGUUCAAAGAGCUUUUUGAACUUUUUUUUGCAGAAAAAUACUUAUGUAUAUCUCAACUAUCUCUUUAAAUUUUUAUUUUUAAUAGAAGGUCAAACAAUUUGUAACAAAUUGCUUCACUAACAUUUUUUGUCUUAUUCACAUCUGUCUUUUGAAACAUUAAUUGUAUGAAAAGUCAUAGAAAUCAGUUAAAACAAGUAAUAUUUUAUGAAAAACAUUUUUAUUAUUGUAGCUCUGCCUUUUGUAUUUGGAACAAUAAAUAUGCAUUCUUCAAUAAAAAUUGUGUUUUAAAAAAUGUAUUCUAUUUUUCUACACUUGAAAUAUCUUCUGCUUCAUGCUAUGACAAAAGUCACGUGCAGGUUUUUAGGCAAACCUUUAUUUUGCAUUUUUUUCUUCUUAAAAAUCUUUGAAGUUAAUUAUAUAACAACGACUAAAUCUUUCACAUUUAAUGAUUCUUAAAGCUUCACCUGUUCUUCAUUCGGUACAAUGUGUAGUUUUUACCUUUAAUCUCUGGAAAUAUCCAUUCAAACUUUGUUGAAAAUUAAUAAAAUGAUGUCCAGUUGUUGCAAAUAUUGGCAGCUUCGUACCAUAUAACCAUACACAUCAGGUCUAAAGUACAUAGUGUGCAAGUCUAGCAUCUUUAGGGGGAUGCCAUAUUAGAUGCCAUGUUUCCUUCUGGCCGGCUUGGGCUACUGUGCCUGUUGAUGAUGUCACACUAGAUGAGUGGCUGGAUGUACGACUUAUGGAAGUACAUUACCAUGUUCAAGAACAUUUAGGCGGUAAGAAACAUGAAUUUAGUAACAAAACUGCUAAACUCUUUCAAAAAAGAGAUGCAAUACAUUUUAACCAAGCGGUGUUGCCGUAGUGGAAUGAUGACGUCAUUGUCAGACUCUUCGAGCAGAUACAGAAACUAAAGCACCAGAAAACUCUCUCGAUGGAGUUUGUUGGGUAUUUUUAUAAUUGUACCUUUUUGAGGCCUAAAAGAUGCCCAUUUUGUGUUAUUAACACUUCAUGAAUCUCUGUUUUUACCAACUGUUGCUGUUCAUGAAAGGUUGAGCAAGAUGUUGAUUGUGGGUUUCCAACUGAACUGUACCUCUGUAACCUGAGAAGGCCCGCCUUCUCCCCCAUCCUUGAUGAAUAAAGCCCCUGACCAACUAGGAGCACACGGGAGUGACGUGGGGAAGCCUCGGAGGAGGUUUCUCUGCGUUAACUCUCCAUGUUUUGGGGAUUCAGGGUAAAAUGUC